CUCUCGCUCACAAUAAUAAAAAAUAAAUAAAUUUAUUUGUACAUUAAAUAUAUAUAUUUUUUUUUCCUUAUUAUUAUUUAUUUAACACACUUUAACAAACAAACAACUUUUUAUAUUCAUAUAAUUUUAUUUAGAAUUAAGUAAUUAGAGAAAACUUAAAAAAAAAACUUUUAUAUCCAAAUAAAAAAAGAAAUAUUCAUUAUAAGAUGUCUACUCUCGUUUUAAAAAUUCAAUAUGGUGAUGAUACUAGAAGAAUAUCAAUGGAAAGAGAACCAACUUUCUUAGAGUUAAAAAAAAUGACUAUUACAUUUUUUAAAUUGAGUGGUUUCUUAAUUAAAUAUUAUGAUGAAGAUAAUGAUUUAAUUACCAUCACUUCUGAUAGUGAUUUAAAGGAAGCCUUUACAGUUAAAAGAAACCCACCAAAUGUUCUCAAACUUUUUGUUUCAAAAUCUGAAAAUGAUUCCACUCCACCACCAGCUGCAACACCUUCAACCACUUCAACUCCAACCAUCAAUCCAUCUGUAAAUUAUUCAACCCAACAAUUACCAUUAAACCUUAAACCAUUAAUUGAUUCAAUUUUAGCAAAUCCACAAAUUGCCCAACUUGCUAGUUCAAGUGCAAUGUCUGCUGCUACUUCAGCAAUCCCACAAAUUCAUGCCGCAUGUUUUGGUUUAAAUAGUAAUUCUACCGAAAAUAAUAAUAAUAAUAAUAACUCUUUCAAUUUCGAAAACCUUAAUAAAGAAAUGGAAAAUUUAAUCAAGAAUUUAAGUAAUCAAAAUUGGGUCGAAAAUAUUAUCCAAACCUCAAUAGGAAAUAUUUUAAAACCUGAAGAUAAUAACAAGCAAACAGAAGAGAAGUCCUCUUCUACCACUACAACUACCACCAACACAACAUCAAAUAAUAACAAUGAAGAAAUUAAUAAUGUUGAACAUUAUGGCAUUACUUGUGAUGGUUGCCAAAAUAAAGUUUUCGGAUAUCGUUAUAAAUGUACUGUUUGUGAAGAUUAUGAUUUAUGUAGUAAAUGUGAAGCUAGUAACAUUCAUCCAUCUGAACACCCACUUUUAAAGAUUUCAACACCAAUUCCAAUCAAGUGUUCAUGGGAUAGUCCACACAAACCACACAAAUUCUCAAGACCAAACCACAAGAAAUUUGCAUCACGUUACAUCUCUGAUAUUUCUAUUAAAGAUGGCAGUGUUUUAGACAAAGCUUCACAAUUUACCAAAGUUUGGAGAGUAAGAAAUGACGGUGAACAACAAUGGCCAGAAGGCACAACUCUUCAAUUCCUUUCAGGUGAUCGUUUUGGUUAUAGCUCAAAUAUUUCUGUUCCAGCUAUUUUACCAGGUCAAGAUCAUGAUAUCUCCAUUGACUUAACUUCUCCAUCUAAAGUUGGUAGAUUCACAGGUUAUUGGAGAUUAUAUGGCCCAGAUAAUAUUGCUUUUGGUCAAUCAAUUUGGGUUGAUAUUUAUGUUGUCGAAAGAGAAGAAGAAAAACCAAUUGAAGAAGAAGAGGAAGAGGAAGAGGAAGUUGUUGGCCAACAAGAAGAAUCAAUAUAUGUUGAUAUUGCACCAAAGAUUCCAGACAGCGAAAGCGAAAGUGAAGAAGAACAAAACCCAUCUGUUGAAGAAGAUGAUGAAUUAAAAAAUGAAACUGAGAGUUUCUGUUUCUUACCAACCUUUGUUUCAGCUUCAUCACCUUUCUCCAUCCCAUUACCACUCAACACCUCAAUUUUAGAUUUACCAAUUGCCCCAUUAGAAGUUAUUGAACAACCAGCCAUCGAGCAAGAACCAGUUGUUGAACAAAAACCAAUUGUUGAACAAAAACCAGUUAUUGAAGAACCAAUCGCUGCUCCUUUACAAGUUCAAGAACCAGCAAAACCAUUUGAUCAAGAAGAGGAUAUCAAACGUAAAUGUAUUGGCACUUUAGUUUCAAUGGGUUUCUGUAACACUCCAAAUAUUGUUGAUGUUAUCAAAAGAUAUAACUUUAAUAUCAAUGACAUUGUUGAUCAUUUAUUAAAUGAACAACAAUAAACUUAUUAAGGUUUAUUUUUUCCAAUUAAAAACACAUUUAACAAAUUUAAAUUGUUUUUUUUACAUCUAAUAAUAUUUAUUCAUAACUUCUUUUUUUCAAUUAAUUAAAUAAAAAAUAGUGUUUUUUAGUGAUAUAAAU